AUGUCCUGUGUUAAUGGUGAAACUGGUGGGCACUCUAUGUAUAACCUCUGUGGUCAGGGUCAAAGCUCCAGCUCCCAGUUAGGUCGUCUGAAUGGUCAUAGGAAGUCUUCAGGAUUGUUGGAAGUCACAGGGAACUUAAACAAUAAGCAAUAUUCUUCAGUGGCACUAGCUCCAGAUACCAUGGUGAAUAAUGGAUCAGGAAUUCCCCCCAACUCUGAGCAAGACACAAAGGAUUCAGCAUUCCAGCUCAGCAACCAACCUAUGACAGGAAGUGAAAUCCGUAGGACCUACACUACCAAGUGCUUCUAUGGCCCUUAUUUAACCAAAACUAGCAUGCAGGGAGAUGUCUACAACUUCCUGGAGAGGCCUAGUGGAUGGAAGUGUUUUAUUUACCAUUUUACUGUAUUUCUACUGGUGCUGAUUUGUUUAAUUUUCAGUGUACUCUCUACUAUAGAACAUUAUUCAGAAUUCGCCACGGGGACCCUUUUCUGGAUGGAAAUUGUUCUGGUGGUGUUUUUUGGUGCUGAAUAUUUGGUGCGGCUAUGGUCUGCUGGUUGCAGAAGUAAAUAUAUUGGCUUUAAGGGAAGACUACGUUUUGCCAGAAAGCCUAUAUCAAUUAUUGAUCUUAUUGUUGUGAUAGCCUCAAUUAUUGUUCUGAGCGUAGGAUCAAAUGGGCAGGUGUUCGCCACAUCUGCCAUAAGGGGAAUCCGGUUUCUCCAGAUACUUCGCAUGCUUCAUGUAGAUCGGCAGGGUGGCACUUGGAGACUCUUAGGAUCAGUUGUUUUCAUACAUCGUCAGGAACUCAUAACCACUCUGUACAUUGGAUUCUUGGGACUGAUCUUCUCAUCCUAUUUUGUCUAUCUUGCUGAGAAGGAUGCAGUGGAUGAAGAUGGAAGAACAGGUUUCUCCAGCUAUGCUGAUGCCCUGUGGUGGGGUGUGGUAACGGUCACAACAAUUGGUUAUGGAGACAAAGUACCACAGACAUGGAUUGGGAAGACAAUAGCCUCCUGUUUCUCAGUAUUUGCUAUAUCUUUCUUUGCUCUUCCAGCGGGGAUUCUGGGUUCUGGUUUUGCCUUGAAGGUACAACAGAAACAACGUCAGAAGCAUUUCAACAGGCAGAUCCCAGCUGCAGCUUCUCUAAUUCAGACUCUAUGGCGGUGCUAUGCAGCAGAGAAAUCAUACAAUUCUACAGCAACAUGGAAGAUCUAUGUUACAUCGUCUGCUCAAAAUACAAAAAAAACACCAGCGCCAUCUAGCCCUAGUCUGAGAAAACAGAACAUGCAGUACAUGACUUAUGAUGAUGAUGGAGAAGCAGUCUUAAUCCUGGAAGAAUUGCCCUAG